CAAUGUUUCUGCAACUUGGUUGCUUGUGACAGAGCCAGCCUGCAUGCCAGAAAUAGGAGUCAAGACAGCAGAGGGAGCUGACGGCAAGAAUGACGCCAAGGAGCAGCACGAUGACACCGUCUUCAGCAUCGCCUCUCAGUUCAGUGCCAAUGCCACCAACCUGACACCAGAGAGCAAGCCCCUGUCCGCUACACUUAGCCCUGCUCAGCUGUGUGUCCUGGAGAACAGGCUCGGUGCCGUGGGAGCAGCAGCAACAGCAGCAGCAACAGCUCCACCGCAAGCCGAGGGGCCUCAGCACAGCCCACACGCCGACCUGGACGUGACAGCCGAUUUCCUCCCUCUUCCUCCUCCGCUGGUCUCCUCCUCCUCCUCCUCCUGCAUGACCCCCAUCUCCCCCUCCACUGACGCAGAGUACGACAAGCUCCUGGACGUGGAGGCCGUGCCCAUGCCCGAUGGGAACCUGUGCCUCCUGGCUCUGCCACCCGAGUGCUCCCAGGGAGAGGGGCCCACCUCCAUGCAGUACCUCAAGCUCUGCAGCCGAUACAUCACCAACCGCAAAGGCGUUGUGUCUGGCAUACUGCUGGUGACGAGCAGUAAGAUCUUCUUUGACCCGUGCAAGAGCCAUCCGCUGGUGGUGGAGCACGGCUGUGAGGAAUACCUGCUCUCCUGCACGGUAGACAGCCUGGCCUCAGUCUCCUUCUACUCAGACAUCUCACACGUGCACUUUAAUGACUCAACACAAAGAUGGAAAGGGAAGAGGAAGAAGGGUAAAGGUGAAAGGAAUGCUGCCGCGACACCCCAUGAUGAGGUGCAGAGCACUGGGUCCCAGCCUCAGGUAGAGGGGGGAGAGGCCAUCCCCGCCCUGGUAUCUGCCCUGACCUCAGACUUCAGGCUGGCCCUGGGGAUGGGGACGGGGACUGCGGAGGGUGAGGAGGAGAGUGGAGAGACCCUGGACAUGGCUGAGGCAGAGAGGCAGCUGGAGGGGAGCCGCCCUCUGGACGAGCUGGGCCUGCAGAGCACUGGGGCUCUGGGGGCCGCCGUGCUGAGCGGCGCUGCUGCCACCUUCUGUUGUGGAGGACAAGAGGCAGGCAGCACAGAGAUGCCACAGAAAGACAAGUCAGAGCUGCAACAACAACAGCAGCAGCAGCAGCAGCCGUGUCUGAAGAGGCAAAUAGCAG